AUGGCGUGGGUAGGUUCCUUGUUAUACGUUUCUCCACCGGUACUUAAGACUGUUGACACAAUAACUACUGUGAUCUCUGGAUACAUGGUCGUUCUAGUUGCUCCUCGCGGACGGCUCUGCGUUCUUGUAACUCUGACACUACUUUCCUCCUAUGGGGGAGCCAUUGAAUGUAUAGCGUUAUAUGCGGUAACCAGGUACUUUCGAUCGCACUGUACAGGAACUGAAAUUGCAACCGCCUCUACUUCCAGUAACUUUAGACGAGCAUUAAGAUUAGCAACCCUUGGCUUUACGGCCGUCUGUAUUCAUGAGAUUGAUACGGGAAUUCUUCCAGCAAAACAUAGAAAAAGCACUUGGGAAGCAGGCCAGUUAAGCUUAAUGGAUACAGGUCUAGGUUACUUCAUAAUUAGUGAUUCACUGAGCUCUAUCAAUCGCUCUUGUCCAUACUGGAAGGGACAACUAUAUCUUUUAGUUGCAGGGAUCGUGCGGGUUUGUAUUGGCUUCUAUCUUCCAGGCGCUGAUAAGGAAGAGUACGGUCCAUAUUGGAACUCCUUUCUAACAAUGCUUUUGGUGCGCGUCCUCGGUUUCCUGGCAAAGCGUCUAAAAAGAACCCAAAGCCUAUUAUGUAUAGGUACAUUGAUGGGAUUAAACCAGGUGAUUUUAUCAUUUUAUCCGCAGAACCCAGUACUGAGAUUUGCAGGACCAUGGGCUGCGCUGCUAGGGUACUUCCCGCUACAUGUGCUCACGCAGCUUAUAUUCACAAUAGCCCAAGAUCAUUCUAAUAAGAACCUGAAACAUCUAAUGAUCCUAGUCCUACUUUGUCUCUUCUACUUCCCAUCCCAGGCGGGUGUCAAUGCCCAUUUUAUGUCUCCCGCUGUUGUGUUUCUUUUGUUGGCAACAACAUACUGCUGUUGGAUCCUCACCGUACAUUGCCCUCAUGACUCAGUCCCACCUGUCCGAGGGCAGUGGGCAUUUCUUUCCGCUAAUAUCUUAACGGGCGCGUACAAAAUCCUUAAACCCAGAGGGAUUUACUUUACACUAUUCGAGAUUUUGUACAUCGAGGUCUUUGUGUUGUGUCUCGGUCAAGUCUAA